UUUGAGCCUCUCCGGCCGCCGUACGCAGAGUCAUAUAAAGUAAGCGUAUGAUCACAACCAGCCCUGGGACGUUAUACAAAUAAACGAGCUAAAGCUAUCAUCGUGCGAAUAUUUAAGUUUAGCCAUUUGGUACAAUUGUUAAAAUAAUUUUAGCGUUGUAAGCGCUGCCUUUGGGUUGCAUAACACAACAUUUAAAGGACGUGCAAAGGUCAAUGGCUUAUCUUGUCUGCUCUGCUUUCAUAAGAAGUAAGUGACACUGCAUGUAUCGAGCUAUAACAGAGGACUGUGGCUGCCGGGGCUUAGAGCUGUUCGGGAGAUGUCUACCCAGGGAGGCCCCACUCCGCCUUUCUCCACCCUGUCUGUGACCCGCCCAGCCAGCAUGGUCACUCAGGUGGAGCUGCACCGACCGGAAAAGCGCAACGCCAUGAACAAAGCUUUCUGGAGUGAGAUGGUGGACUGCUUUUCUCAGAUUGCUGAGGACCCUGAAUGUCGGGUUGUCGUGGUAACCGGAGCAGGCAAAGUCUUCACAUCAGGGAUUGACUUGAUGGACAUGGCCGGAAAUAUCCUUCAACCAACAGGAGACGAUGCUGCAAGAACUUCAUGGAAUUUGCGCCGCCUUGUCAAGAAGUAUCAGGAGACUUUUUCUGUUCUAGAAAAGUGUCCAAAGCCUGUGGUUGUCGCAGUACACGGAGCUUGCGUGGGAGCUGGAGUGGACCUGAUCACCGCCUGUGAUAUCCGUCUCUGCACACAGGAUGCUUGGUUCCAGGUCAAGGAAGUGGACAUUGGCUUGGCAGCAGAUGUUGGGACUCUACAACGUCUUCCUAAGGUCAUCGGGAGCCGAAGCCUCGUCAAUGAGCUGGCUCUCACGUCCAGGAAGAUGUACUCUGAUGAAGCGAAGAGCAGUGGAUUGGUCAGUCGCGUGUUUCCAGACAAGGAAACGAUGAUGUCUGGGGCUAUGGAGCUGGCCGAAGAGAUUGCAUCCCGCAGCCCAGUCGCUGUACAGGGAACCAAGAUCAACCUCAUCUACUCCAGAGACCACAGUGUAGCAGAGGGGCUUGAGUAUAUGGCCACGUGGAACAUGAGCAUGCUGCAGACGCAGGAUGUCAUUAAGUCCGCCCAGGCUAGCAUGGAGAAGAAGAGUCCCAAAGAAGUGCCUUUUUCCAAACUCUGAGGGAAGGUAGCUGAGCCAAGGUGGAGCUAGCGGGACACCUUAACCCAACUAACUUGUUUUCCCUUUGGAAAAAAAUAAUUUUGUGUGUGUGUGUGUGAGUGAGAGAGAAGGAAUCCCUGUUCAAACUGGUACUAUGAUGAGCUGCAGAUGAGACUGAGGGGAUUAAUCACGCUGAUCAGCUGGGAAUUUCUCUUUUUAAUGUGUAAUCCUGUCAGUUAAUGGCUUUGUAGCACCUGUGAAAUCUUAACGUCUCAGUAUUCAGGAUUCUGUUUAAUCUUUUUUUUCUUUUUACUUUGACAUCCAAUGAAAUGAAGUAUAUUAUGACACUGUACUGGAUAAGCAGUUGGAAAAUGGAUGGAUCAGUCAACUUGUGAAGUGUUUUGGCUUUUAUAAAUAAAACACCCUUUUUGUGA